AUGGCGAGUCCAGGGCGAGGGACGAGGCGGCAUCCGGAGGAGCGACAUGUGGCCUCCUACAUCAGCAUCGGCCCCGGAACACCCAAGCAAUCACCCAAGAGAGACGCGAGGAGUGCAGGAACGACGGAUGGUGAGACCAGCACGGAACAUCAGCACGCGGAAGACACGCUGUCUUCUCCUUCAAGCUCAGUGGCAACUCCAACAGAGGCAGGAGAGAGACAACGACCAAAGAGUCAGAGCGCGAGGAGAAAGCUCCUGCUCGACGAGAGCGAAGAGACCCCGGCGAGAGCGAACGUGGGCAUGCUGAAGAGACCGUUCCUUGGACUAGAUAUUAGCCCCCCACAGCUCCUCCUCCCUCGAGUGGAUGACCUCACAAUCAAACGAGCAGAGUUCUGUGACAAGUCAAGUGGGGAGCUGCUGGCGACUUUGUGCCGAGCCCUGCAGGACGUGCAUACUUUUACGCUGUUCGAACAGAGCUCCAAGGCGUGUUCGGAAGUUCUCUCCCUCCUACAGGACUACCUCCUCAAGUUCCAGAUGCUGCAAGAUCGCAUUGUCCGAGGGGUUCAGUCCGGCGGGAUAGCAUGGGACGUGGAGUUCUCUCGGGGGGCGGUAUGGGGGAAGGGAGCGGCGGGGGAGCCUGAGAGCUCGUUUCAAGUCGCCAUGAAGCAGAGGAGGCAGAGGGAGCAGGCAGUGAGGUCAGCAGGAGAGGAGCAGGACGGGUGCGAUGGGAGCCUGUCGGAUGUGUCUCAGUCUGUGAGGGUCGAGCGGCAGGAGGAGCAGAGCGCCUGCUCGUCGACCAGGAGCAGCCUUGACGACUCGUCUGGGCUGGAGCACAAGUUUCAGUUCCCAGCAUCGAGCGACUCUUUGGAGGGAUACGGGAGCAGCCAGAGAUCGCUCCACGACAAGUUCCUCUCCCCCGACCGUCACCGGAAAUGUCCGGAUGAGAUGCAGAAGCGGCAGGAAGAGAAGCAGCUGCUGGCGCUCAAGAAACGCGCCGCUCUCGAAGCGCAGAAGCAGGAGAAGUUACGAGACGCUGAGAUGCACCGACAAGAGCGUCUACGGCAGGCGAGUUGUGCUGUGAAAGAGAAGCGGCAGAACACGCAGUACAUCAUUCAUGAGCGGCUUCAGCGAGCUGAGAAGCUCCACCAAGCUCAGAUCCUCGAACGACAGAGGAAGGCGAGGCAAGAGCACAGCAAGGUGCAUGGAGUGAAGGAGGAGAUAGCUUUCAUCGAGUUGCUGAAUGCAGAGUCGAGGACUGCAGAAUUGCAGAGCCGACUAGAGCUGGCAGAAUCAAGGAGGUUGCAAUCGCUCGAGGCAGUUUCAAAGUCAACGGAGAAGGCAGCGAAAGAGGAGGCGGCGAAGAGGAGGAGGCUGCAGCUCGAAGAAGAGAAGCUACAGAGAUUGGAGGCGCGUUAUGCUCAAAAAUUCGGAUCGUCUACACCUUCGCACAUGGCGAAUGUGAUGGAGAAUGCGGAGGCUUCGCAGCUGAACUCCUCAGAAUGCGCUGCCCCUGCCCCCGUGUCCUCGUCCUCCUCCUCGUCCUUGUCUUCUAUGCCGCUGUUUGCGGAAGGGGAGGGAGAAUUGAGGACCAGCUACGGAGGUGCAGGAGAGUCGAGUGGGAGGCGAUCGAUCAGCAGAGACGAGGCGGCGAGGAUGAGAAGGACGGAGCUCGAGAACGAGCGGCAGAGAAGGGUCGAGCAGGCGAGCCAGGAGAAGAUCCAACGAGCGGAGGAGAGGCAGAAGAAGAUAUUCGAGGAAAGGAUGCUGGUGCUAGCGAACAAGGAGGCCAAGAUUCGACAUCAGGCCGAGCAGCUCAACAGAAUCACAGCAGAGAUGCAAGCUGAUGCAGAGAAGCAGAAGAAGGAGCUGGAGAUUCGAUUGCAGUCUGUGGUGCAACGAAAGCAGCACUACAUGCAGGAGAUUAUCGCCAAGGCGCACGCGGCGAGCGAACCAAAAUCUCAGCAUGCAGAGACGGGAUUGAAGAGCGAGGAGGAGGUAGCGACGAGAAUCGCAGGUCGACCCUCCUCCGUGGCCGUGAGGGAGGAGCCGUCGAGUGUCCCCUCGUCGAGCUUGCUGGAGGCCCAGGAGAAGUUCAGCAGGGGGAUGAAGAAGCGCGCGAGGAAGUUCCGGCAGAGGUUGCAGCUCGGGAGGAGCAAGUGGAACGAGAGUCAAGAGAACUCGGCGAGUUGGAAGACUAUGAAGGAUCCCAGGGGCAUGAAAGCGAUCGCCGACCUGGCGAAGUUUUCAUCUUUCGAGGAGAAGCAAGACGGGCAGAUUCAGGGGAAUCUCUUCUCGCGGCAUCUCGAGGAGAUCGAACGUUCGGCGGAAGAGUUGUACAGGCUGCUAGAGGCCUACGACUGCGACUAUGGCGCAGAGGCUCGAGGGGAUCCCAUGAAUAGCGUGGGAGGAGGAGGAGGAGGAGAGACCAAGAAGUCGAUGCUUGCGCACAUCCGACGAGCUGGAGUGCUUGCUGCGCUCAUGAAUGUGCUGGGGCUGCAGGUGAGGAUACAGCAGGCGAGGCUGCUGCAGACGGUGAUGAAGGUCUUGGCAAAAGUUUGUGAGGACGAGAUGAACAGACUGUCUGGCUAUGAGUCUGCACGAACACGAUCACGUUCAAGCAAGAAAUGA